AUUAACUGACCUGAUAUAAGUUACUGCAUGAAUCAUGUUUGGCUUUUCUAAAAGCAAAUUAAAAAAGAGAGACUUUACCAGCGAAAGAUUUGCGGUGGUCGGGUCGGCAACGCAAACGGCAGAGAGAGAGAGAGAGAGAGAGGAGUCGCGACCGUCGAUAUAUGGUGUGAGAGGCUGUAAAUAGUGGUGGCCGAAAGACCCAUUUAGUUGUGUGGACGGGUCUUCGAGGUUCAGGAUCAAAUCCCUGAGGGACCGAAAGGGCGCACAGUCAGUCUCAGUGUUGGUGGCGGUGUGAGCCUAUAGGGCUGUUGGUCGCCUCUCGUCACGUGGCUUAAGCGCUCCCCUAUCAUUCUUUUUUUUUUUCUUUCUUUCUUUCUUUAAUAGCAAAUAACCGAAAACUUCGCGCGCCAAAGAGAUCAUAUUUUUUCUUUUUUGUCUUGGAGAUAUCUUGCCCACAAGUACACAGAUUAAUUAAAUACUUAUUCUAUAGGAUUAUCCUUAGUAUGUGAGCCAUAUUGUGUGUUAGGGAUCUGUAUUUUAGUUCCGUGGAAGAAGGGUAUGGGAGAGAAUUUCGCUCAUGAACUUGCCUGGUCCUCUCGUAGUAUUCAUUAGUGAUCGAGACGACGGACGGACUUGCCGUUACCGACCAGAAAGGUGAAUUUACUGCCGUGUUCUCAAAGACUUGGACUUGAAGAAGACAGGAGGAGCUAAAACAAUCCAUCGAAGCCGUCCUCACCGUGACCGUCAUCAUUAAGGGGUUUCGGUAGCGGCGGGGGUUGGUGCCUGCAGGCUGGCCGCCGCCGUUAUGUUGUCCCCAGUAGACGCCGGGCCACAUGGACCUCAUGGCCCGCAUGGUCACCACCCGUGGGGCCCCACCACUUUGGACGACAUGUCGCAUAAGGACGUGCUCGAUUACUCACUGGGACCCUCGGGUAAGGGAGCGAUACCCCCCUGGUGGCCAAGGGGGGAAGGGGAGGAUGGUCACAGCGGAGUGAACCAGCUCGGAGGCGUUUUCGUGUCUGGUCGUCCCCUGCCCGAUACCACGAGGCAGAAGAUCAUCGAGUUGGCACACUCGGGUGCCAGGCCUUGCGACAUCUCCAGGAUUCUACAGGUGUCUAACGGCUGCGUCUCCAAAAUACUGGGCAGAUACUACGAAACGGGUUCGAUCCGUCCCAGAGCAAUUGGGGGAUCCAAACCCCGCGUCGCAACGGCGGAGGUCGUUGCCAAGAUCUCCCAGUUCAAGAGGGAAUGUCCUUCCAUCUUCGCCUGGGAGAUCAGAGACCGACUGCUCUCAGAAGGAGUCUGCUCUUCGGACAACAUUCCGAGCGUGUCGUCCAUCAACCGCGUCCUCCGUAACAUCAACGCGAAGGAAAGCAGCGGCAGCGGCUCAGGGGGCGCCCCGGUCCCUGGCGGACCCCCUGGUGGGGGAGGAGGAGGAGGCGGAGGAGGAGGAGGAGCAGGAGGAGGAGGAGGUAGCGCCGUGGCUACUGCAGGAGCUGGAGGCGGCGGUGCCGGCGUCGGAGGGGGCCAGACGAUGGGCAUCGGAGGCGGGAACUCCACCAGCAGCAGUAAUUCGAACACGCCUACCAGCACCCCGACCCAGGACCCCAUGUACGAUAAACUCCGCCUCCUGAAUGGACAGUCGACUUGGCCUCGGUCACAAUGGUAUAGCGGACCAGGAAACGAUAUCACGUCCUUGCCGGUGGAUUCCCCGCAGUCGGCUCCCUGCGCUCAGCAAGAUAUCGUCAAGAAGAGUGACGCCGGUGAACUAAGCGAAGACAGCAACGCCGGCAGCAGUGAAAACAGCAACAGCGAAGACCAGGCGAGGCUUCACCUGAAGAGGAAACUCCAGAGAAACAGGACCUCCUUCACCAACGAUCAGAUUGACAGCUUGGAAAAAGAGUUUGAGAGAACUCAUUACCCCGACGUGUUUGCCCGCGAGAGACUGGCUGCAAAGAUAGGCCUGCCGGAAGCUAGGAUUCAGGUGUGGUUCAGCAACCGAAGAGCCAAGUGGAGGAGAGAGGAGAAGCUCCGGAACCAACGGAGGGCGGCUGAGGGCGUCGCUCCCUCUUCGCCCACGAGAAUCAUCAACAACUUCACGCCCUCGCCUAUGUAUACCCCGCUGCCUCCACCGCCCAUGUCCGUCGCCGACACUUAUGGGUCUAUGGCAGGCGGAGGCGGAUUUGGCAUGGCAUCGAGCGUGGGCGUAGGGCCAGGCGUGGGCGUGGUCGCCUCCAGCCCUAACUGCUUACCCCAGCAGCAGCCACCCACCGUCGUUCAUCCCGCGGGGACAACGGGCGUGGGACUGGGUCGAGACCAUUCUCACAACGCCCACAACCCUUACAUGAGUCGGUCUUACGACUCCUUGUACACCCACGCCCGCGCCUCACCCACUUGCCCGCCCAUGCUUUAUCACCCGGCUUCGCACCACCCUCACCAGAACCCCCACGCCCCCCACGAGUACAACACGCCUACACCACCUAAUUCACAAGCCGGUCUUCUUUCACCCGGUGUGUCAGUGCCUGUGGCGGUGCCCGGUCAGCACCACGACAUGAACGCCCAAUACUGGACUCGAUUGCAGUAGGUGCGAGCUUGCGCGCCUUAUAGGAACGGGUGCGAGCUUGCGCGCCUUUUAGGAACGGGUGCGAGCUUGCGCGCCUUAUAGGAACGCAAAUGAAGUACUACGCGUAGCAAGCUCUCGCGACGUCGAAGGUUGUAACUCUGCAGGCAGUUUAAGAAGUGCUUUUGAGUCCAUUCAACGAUGCAACUGAUGUACUGUUUUGAAGGUGGAUAAAGACAGGAGAGAGAGAGAGAGAGAGAGAGAGAGAGAGAGAGAGAGAGCGAGAGAGAGAUAGAGUUUUAGACACUGGACCAAGUUCGAGUACCCGAAGGCUUUGAAAGAGACCACCAAUAGUGAAACUGUGCUUCAGUCCCUAUCGUGUGACUCUGGGACCUCAUAACAUCAGUGGAUGUCUAGUUGGCAUCAAUAUCAAAAAGGGUGUUCCUUGGUGGCAGAAGCAAGUGACAAGAUAGAUACAUAUUGUGCCUAAUGCGUACCAAUCCAUAUAAAUGAUUUCGAGUGGGAAGUAUAUGUAUAUAUAUACAUAUACAUAUAUACAUAUAUAUACAUAUAUAUUUCUCACUUAAACAAACGGAAAGAAUGGAGAACUUUAGGAUUUCGUUAUCGAAAAUCAAUGCACACAGGUUUACUUUGUUUCGAUUUUACUUGCAUCUGUAAAAUAUGCGUUACAUUUCGAAAAUAAGUAAGAUAUUAUGUAAAAGAUUAAGGAGUGAAGAAUGAUGACAUGAUUGUAACAUUGACUAGACUUUCAGUUUGAACUUUUGCGUUUUCCAAAUUCAGUUCGUUAAUUUCGAACAACGCAAUAACAAACGGCAAAAAAAAGCUACAAAUCUGGGCAAUAUUUUUGUUCUACGUAAAGAACUAAACGAACUGAAAUAUCCUGAAAAAUUUCCUUUUGUUAUGUUCCGGUGAAGCAAAGCUAGUCUUGACAAAGAAAAAUCCAUAAGAAAACUUAACAAUUUUUUUUUUAUGUAGAAACGAAGCAUAGAAUAUGCUUUCAAAAUAUUUGGUGCAACGUUAAAACAACUCUUUCAUUCUGAAAUCUGGCAGUGAUAAUGCAUACAUGUUGAUAAGUCCUUCGUUCAUUGUCACAUUGACUGGGUGAUUUCUAUUGAAGAAUAUUUCAAAAUCUGAAAAAUCGCGUGUCUAUGAUACCAAAAGGUUUUUAUUUUGACGGUUGAACUUCUCUUAUGCAGUGUUUAGCAAACAUGGUCUUCGAACAAAGCAAAAAUAAUAUCGAAAGCAUCAACAACAAAGAGCAAUAAUAUUAAUAAUAAUUAUAAAAAUAUAUUAAUGAUAUAGUGCUUGAAAAGAUUAUAAAUUUCAUAAAUUGACGAAAGUUAUAAAAAUGAGAAAGUCGAUGACAGUUAUCAUCAUUUCUUUUGAUUUAUGUUAUUAUUGGCAUGGUAUUUAUCAUUAUGCUUAUUAAUAGAGAAAUUCACGCGUUCCUUAGUGAUAAGGAUAAUGAUAUUGAAGACAUGGCAAGAUACGUAUCAGGAGCAAAGUGGACAUAAAUAGACGUCAGUACAGACACUCAUAUCUGAUGUGGUAAUAUCUUAAUUCGAGACGUAUUAACAUAAUCCUUUAUAUCCUGUGUUCGUUAAUCCUUCAUUAUAUUCUUCAUUAUAUCCUUCAUUAUAUAUUACCCAGUUUAUAGAGAGAAACCAGGCAAUCAAAUCCAGCCCCGAAAGAGAUCGUUUGCGAACAUAUCGAAGCCUGUUACGUUAACGUAUGAUCAUCUGUUUAAAGAAUCGAUAAUACAGAUAUGCAAUCCAUAUGUGUAUAUAUCCGGAAAACACGAGUACAUGCAUAUGUAUUCAGAUGUGCAUAUGUAUGCAUAGAUAAGGUACGUAUGCAAGCAUGUACAUAAUCUUAUGCAUAUGUAUUAUCCUAAUAAUGCGCAAUAAUGCAUUUGGCUUUCACGAUUUGGACUUGUACAGUUAAAUGAUUCUGAAGAAAGGAUUGGAAACGAGCUGUGUACAUAUAUAUAUAGUUAAGUGGAACUUGUGUAAAAAAAAAUAUGAAUGACAGUCGAGGAGGUAACGUUAAUAUGGAGUAACUUGGUAAUGUACUUGUAAUUUUUUUUCUUGUGUGUAAAGUUUUUUUUCUCUUGGAAAAGAAACAUAAAAUAUAAAAGAACACUCUUAUAAGCUUAGAUCGACGACUCUGUUCGUGAAUUUAUAAAUAUCUAUUUUGGAAUUCAUAGCGACGAGGACUGGAUCGUCUCGAGUCAGUUGUGUGGUCAAUGAGAGACUUAAAAAAAUCGUAUUUUAUAUAUAUAUAUACAUAUAUUGCUUUUAUUUUCAUCCCUUUUCAUACAGUGCCACUGGCGACUGGAUUAACAUGUGACGCACUUUUUUCAUUUUUCUUUUGGGUCUUUCGCUUUUUCCCCUUCUUUUAUUUAUCAUAGGUUCAUUCUGUUUCUUUGGAAAAUUUCAUUAUGAAAUGUGUAUGCAUACUUAUAUAUAGAUAUAU